UCAGUGUAGGUUGGGAUUUGAAGGCUCCAAGAUGCGUUCAUCUACCGUGCUACUUGCGGCAAUCGCCGUUCUCUUAGUUUCGGGCUACGAAGCUGCCGUUGUCCGAGGCGUCUUCGAGGAUCCAACCCAUCCUGGAAAGUGUGUUCUCGAGGGUUUGGUUCUUGAAAAAGGUCAAAGUGCACGCCACCCACAGAGGUGUGAGCGAAUCAUAUGCGGAGAAAAUAGUGCGGCAGAAAUCCAAUCAUGUGGUGCCUAUGGACUUCCCCCCGGCAAAAAGUUUGGAAAGUACACAAACCCAAACGCAGAUUACCCUGAUUGCUGUAAUCGUGAGAUUAUCAACCAGUAAUUCCGUUUUGAAGAAAACAAAAUUGAGCUCAAAUCAAUAAAAACAUUACAAAGCGAAACGAAUUAAUAAAAUCACUAAGUGUGAAUAUUAAGAACACC